UCCGUAUUGUCAAUCGAUGUGUGAAAACCCGUCUGAGUUCAUUACAGUCGUGUUUGGGAAAAAUAAGUGCAAGUUUGCUAAAAAUAGCAGUGCCUUAGUGUGAUUCGCAAGUUUUCUUCCGAUCCAUCUGUUCACCAUCAAAGAGUUUUUUUCCUUCACUGUGUAAGUGAAGGAUUAUCAAAACGGCUUCCGAAAAGCUAAACCCGUCUGAGCAGAAAAAUUACGACAGCAUGUAUCAAUCGCAGGGCGGCGGUUACCCGCAAGGUGGUUACCCUCAAGGCGGCUACCCCCAGGCUGGUUACCCCCAGGCUGGUUACCCCCAGGCUGGUUACCCGCAGGCUGGUUACCCUCAAGCAGGAUACCCUCAAGGGGGGUAUCAACCACCACCACCGCAACCCGGUUUCCAACCUAGCGGAUAUGGAGAGGGUUUUGGGCAACCACCUUACGGGGGUCCAAACAGCAGUCUCGGGGAAGAUGGCGACGUCAAGGGGUUCGAUUUCAACGAACAGAGCAUCCGGAAGUCUUUUAUUAGAAAGGUGUACUCCAUACUGAUGUGUCAGCUGCUGGUGACGCUAGCUUUCAUCACCCUGUUCGUGUACCACGAGCCGACCAAACUCUGGGUUCGCACCCACACCUUCAUGUUCUGGAUCGCUUUCGCCAUAAUGCUGGUGUGUCUGAUCGCCAUGGCGUGCUGCGACGGUGUGCGGCGCCAGGCUCCAAUGAACUUCAUCUUCCUGGCCAUAUUCACUGUCGCUGAGAGCUUCAUGCUUGGAGUUACCAGCAGCAUGUACCAGAGCGAUGCGGUGAUGAUGGCAGUAGGUAUAACGGCAGCUGUAUGCCUCGCACUGACUCUGUUCGCGGUUCAAACCAAAUGGGACUUCACUGCCAUGGGCGGGAUACUUCUCUGCGCUACCGUUGUUCUGCUGCUUUUUGGCAUCAUCGCAAUAUUCGUACGAGGCAAAACGAUGACACUUGUGUACGCGUCCCUCGGCGCCAUGAUCUUCUCGCUCUACCUGAUCUACGACACCCAGCUGAUGAUGGGCGGAAAGCACAAGUAUAGCGUCUCGCCCGAGGAGUACAUCUUCGCUGCACUGAACCUGUACCUCGACGUGAUCAACAUCUUCCUCUACAUCCUCACCAUCAUCGGAGCUACGAAGGAUUAAAAAGUAUUUGUAUGUUUUUAUUGAUUUAUAUUUCGUCUUAUGUAUUUAUUUAUUACACGAUCGAGGCAAUUAUUGCACGGUCGCAUUUUCUGCCUCGUGCAUUACAGCUCAGUCCUGGUGAGAUACCCAGCUUUCUGGGGGGGAAAGCUUGGGUUAUGCGGGAUUCUUACCAACUAAAACCCCCCUUGGUGCCCACCCUCGGCACGUAUUGGGAAGGCAACGGGUUGCGUAGUGUGAGAUUUUCAACUUUCAUUUACUUGUUCGAUCGCGUAACAGUUAACUACGACUUGUAUGGAAUCGAAGGAGCGCCAUCUACUUACAAUACUAAGAAACAAUAGUGUCUAAAAACGCCAUCUAGUUAUAAUACUAGGAAACAGUGGUGUCACUUAAUACCAAAUAAAUCUUUGUUAACUUUUGAACAAGUUAACGUGGGUAGAAAAUCUCACUGGACAGUGUACACCUUGCUGAAAUUUAGUUAUAUUAUCGCUUGCCCGUUCGCCUUGUUUUAUUGUAUGGCCUAAGUGAAAAUGCGUUCAAAAAUAUUGGUCAAAAACACUUAAGGUGAAAGCGCUUAUACAAUUACAAGAUUUUAAGCUUUAUAGGAGGAUUCUUAAAACGCUUCUGAACAUGUAGAAAAUCUUAAGCGGUCGGGGAACCGCCGUUCUCCAUGUAACUAAACAGUAUUAGCGCUUAACGACAAUAUGCGAAAGGAACGACUCGCAUACAGAGGGCGUAACGCUUUUUUCUUACGUGACGAUAUUUCCAACUAGUAACUCGCCAUAAGGAACUUGAACACAAAAAAAAGUCUUGUCUUCGAGUUGAAGUCGCAUAACAAACCCCCCCCCCCCCCCCAGUUACCGCGUAACGUGUACUUAGUACCGUCAGCAUAAUCCGCUCGCACGUGUGUCCAAUAAGUAGCAAUAAAAAUAAACAAACACUAAAUAUUUUUUGUUAUUUAAAAAAAAUGAUUUAUUAUUUCACCCAAAGCAAUUAGUGUAUUAAUGAAGCUAUAAUAAUUUUUGUUUUCUUUAAUACAAUUUUUUUUAUAUUUUAUCAUCCCAACUUUACAAUGUCUACAGGAUAGGUUAGUUUUGUCGUAAUUUCCACAAAAAUCAAUGAAAUGUUACAUUCCACGGACUACAACAUUACUAGCUAUCUAUAUUAUUAAUUGACUGAUUAGUAAAAAACACGUCAAGUGCGAGCUGUAUUUAACCGUACCACAGACAAUAAAGUCGCUUUUCUAAAUCAUGAGUCGAGGUAAAGUUGAGUCAUUCUUCAGUUCAACUCAAACUUUCUGAAGCAAUGUAGCUUCUCACAAAGCUGAAUCUCGAAAGUUAAAUUAAACCGAGGUUCGUUUGCCAUCAGAGUAGCAAAGUUACCCCGAUUUAAUGUACCUUGUUACCAGUCCUAACCUCGACUGAUUAUAUGUU